AAGAGAUGGAUUUAAGAAAAAAAUAAAUAAACACUGAUACGUUUUACUAUGCUGCAUUCCAAACACUCGGAAUUUGGAUACGUACUGACGUCACACACUCUUGGCGCUCCAGUUCACAAUUUACAAAAUCAAGAUGGACGCCUCAUAGAAUUGUUUUCCCUCCUUGUUCUCUCGACUUAGACAACAGAAACAAAUACAAAUACCAAGUCCACGGAGCACCAUUGCUGAACAGGAAAAACAGCCUCGAAGCUGCAGGACAACACGAAUGGGGCGCCGGAAAUCGAAGAGAAAGCCUCCCCCAAAGAAAAAAAUGACGGGCAACUUGGACACCCAAUUCACGUGCCCGUUCUGUAACCACGAGAAGUCGUGUGACGUGAAAAUGGAACGAACACGGAACACAGGAAUCAUAUCGUGCAGCGUUUGCUUGGAGGAGUUCCAGACGCCUAUAACAUAUUUGUCUGAGCCAGUGGAUGUGUACAGUGACUGGAUAGAUGCCUGUGAAGCAGCCAACCACUGAUCAUGUGAUUAUCUCAACAGCCGGUUUCAAAUGUGCAACGCACACUGUCAUUUUACCUCAGUCGGGAUUAUUAGCACUUAAGAGUUUGCUACAUCAAUUCCACCCAGCAUCCUUGUAUUUCACAUUAUUUCACUACAUCAUUAUGCAGCAAUUUUUAAGAUGUGUUUCCUAUUCAAUGGUUGUGAUCGAACUUGAUACAGUCCUGAUCAAAAUGUUAAGGCCAGUUGAAAAAUUUCGAUAAUUUAUAUCUCCUGAUGCCAGUGUUUCCAGGAUGCUUGUGGGAAUGUUGGUAAAGAUGGCUUCACGGUGGGCAUCCACUGUCCAUUUUUGUAAACUUCCCCUGCUAUCCAUCCCCAAAUGUCGUCAGUUGGGUUUACAGUAGAUUAGGGAAACAUGCAGGAUGGUAAAAAAAAAAAAAAAUGUUGCCGCUGCAACAUCUCCACAUAGCCAUCUGCCGUUUGACACCCCUGCACAACCUGAAGCUCCAUUGUUCCAUUGAAGGGAAAAGCAGCCCAUGAUGGUGCCUUGUGGGAAAACAUCUCAGGUGGGAUCUCCUUGUCAUGCCUGUCAAGGUUACGUUUUUUUCCCCCAUCAGAAAGUAAAACUUUCUUCCACCUUCCAAAGUCCUAUGUUUGGUGCUCUCGUGCAAAUUCCAAACAGGCAAUUUUGUGGUUUUGAAGACGACGCGGCCUUUGAAGAAUUUUUUUCUUCUUAAAACCCUUCUCUGUCUGAUGGUUGGGUCUACCACUCGACUUUUUUGUUCCAUAACCCUCAGGAUCUUUUAAGAAGUUGAAAAUAACCCUUUUACUGCGUCCAACCUCAGCAGCAGUGGCACGCUGUGAGAGGCCUUGCUUGUGCAGCUCAGCAGUCCCACCGCGUUUGAAGAGAGAAAGCUUUUUUGCCUUUGCUAUUAAGAGAGACAGAAAGUGACAUUAAAUCCACCCUUUUGGCAGGAAUUUGUCUUUUAAAGGCGGCGGUCGUACAUUUUUGAUCAGCUGCUGAACAGCAUAUUUCACUUGAAUGCUUGUUGCUUACUCAAAAUGUUUUGUCAGGCAUUUUUCAACUGGUUUUAACAUUUUGAUCAGGAGUGUAUAUACCGUAUAUAAACACCUCAUUCACCAAAAAUGUUUUAUAAGUACAUAAUACAGGUCAAAUGUACAGCACACAUGUGCCACUGUUAGAAAGCCCACAGUUUUUACACAUUUGUCUUCACUGAUGUCUUUUCGUGAAGCGUUGCGAUUUCGCACUUUGUUCGGCGGUCCUUGAACGCACCAUAGUUGUGUGCCGUGACAAUGAUUCCAUCUGUUCGUGGAUCAUCUUUUAAUGUCAUUCAUUAUUGGUGGGAACCUGUAUAUUUUAUACAUAUGAGGCACGUUUAGGGUGUAAACCUGGACUGUGUCGUGGGUGAGCAAUGGAAAUUGUGUGUUAAAAAUAGACAUUUGUAUGGGUGUCACAAUUACUCCAUUUGUCAUUUGCUGGUGAUCCCCGGACGUAAACCAAGCAAAAAAGCGGGGAUCAACUGUAGUAUACAUAGUGAUGAUUUAACCCUUGCGGAAUAAUUAGAACAAUCAUUUCAAUUCAUGUUAUCGUUUUAAGUAUUUAACAUAUUUUACCGUUUGUGGCAAAUGAAAGGGAACAAAAACGUGUUUUGUGUAACAAGAUUUUACACGUGUAUUCCAUGACAGUAACUCACAACUGUAUUUUUAAUGUGUUUUUAUUGCACAAAUGUCAUGUUUAGUGAAAGCCAUUAUAGAAAAAGAAAGAACUUAAGUACAAUGUCGAAACACAGCCAACUCUUGAAAAGUGAAAUGUUACCAUUAACUAUCGCCAUUGUAGACAUCACAGAUCAGUAAAUGCACUGUAAAAACUGCUUUUCCUCAACUCAUUCAAUUAAAGGAAUGUUAAAAGAUGUGACUGUUCGUGUACCUGGUGGGAAGCUUUCGGGACACUAGAUGGCGCUCCACUCCAAGCUGCUUUUGGCGCAUUCACGUUUGAUAUCUGCUAAUAGCACAGGGACUGCAAAUCUAACAGUAUGAGCCACACUUCAGUCUGAAAAAUGUACUGGUGACGUGUGCAUAGCUUGCGUGCCAGCUUAACAUUUUCCAUCGCAGUGCAUCCAUCACAGCUUGUGGCACGAAUAGCAACAUUACAUUCAAGAUAAAGUGGUGGGUUCCAACAGUACAGUACAGUAGCUUGAUAAGAGAAACUCGCGUGUGUGUUUAACAACAACUGAUCCUGCGUUCUGAGCAGAGCGACAACGUCGAAGCUGAGAGAAGUUCACAAAAGGCAAAAAAGGCAUUUUUUUUCUUGUAUAAAAUAAUAAAAGCAAGCCUCUUUGCUGUGUAAGAAUUUGUGGUGACUAUAAGUAAAUCAGCUUUCAAGCAUGUCUAGACCCCUCUCUAUAUUUGUAUUAUACUUCAACAGCCAAAGACACAUUCCACACGAACCGCAUCAAUUGUACUUGUACCAGUCUACGGAAUCAAAAGGCAAUAUGUUAGGCUUCUGACUAUAUUAGGUGAUUUUUUUUUAAAAAAGUGUCCAUAUAAAUCUAAGGGUCUUUUGAAGAAGGAGGGCCCUGCGAAGCUUCUAUGAAAACAUGGAUCCGACUCCCAAAAAGGUUCAGUAGCACCAACAUGGUAACUUCUCCAUGACAGAAACUGCCAAAUUCUGUUGUCGGGACAUCUAAUUACAAUACAAGAAUAUAAUGUUGUGGAAAAUGAUCUAUAAAUAUCUAUUAAAUAUCAACCUCUGAGUGUCUGGUACCAUUCUCGCAGUGAUUAAAGUCAUCAGAGAAAGAGAGAGGAAAAAAAUAAAGAUUUAGGAUGAAAAUACAGAAGUUGGCCACAACAUGAAAAUUUAAAAGUAAAAACACUAUUAUUGUUUUACUCAUGGAAACAUUUCCCAAGAGUAAAAUGUUUCGAAAAAGGCCAGGAAUGGAGACGACAAUGACGUCAAAUCAGUGUUUAAAUAACAGUCUGGGUGGGCGGGUUUGCUCAUCAUUAAGACAAGUCGUGGUUGGUUGUCUGGAGUUUAGCAAAGAAGGGGGUUGUCUGAGGCCGCCUGUGGUUCUCUUAGUCAGAGUACUGGUUGUAUCCGUCAAACUCCACUUCACUCCCGUUGUUGUAGUAGGCCUCGGUGGGGUUGGCGCAGUACUUGUUGUCAUAAACCUGGCGGGGGAGGCCGUAGGUAGUCAUGCCCUGCUGGGAUGCCACUUUGUUGGUGCCCAUCUGCAGGGAUAUAGUGGUGGUGUCACAGUUCUCCAGCUCCAGCUUCUUGUCAAAGAUGUGCCUCCUU